AUGGCGGCCACUACCUGCGUGUGGCUUGAGAAGUGCAACCAAAGACGCCCGGAGAACCGGGGUGCGCAGCUCGAUCCCCGGGACUGGAGGGGGCGCCGUGUGCCUGCCUCCAUCCCGGCCCCGCCCGCAGCAGCCGCGGCCCGGGGGCGGGGACCGGUUCGUUCUUCUACGGGCUAUAAAAAGGCAGAGGAUGAGAUGUCCCGGGCCACGUCUGUUGGAGACCAGCUGGAGGCACCCGCCCGCACCAUUUACCUCAACCAACCGCAUCUCAACAAAUUCCGCGACAACCAGAUCAGCGCCUGCCACCCCGCCCUCCCCCGAGCUUGGGGUCCUGUGAACACCGCUCUUACCUUCCUCUCCUUUGCAUCUAUCCUGUGCCCAGCCUGUCGCAUAAAACGCAUUCUGGUGGGCAUCCAGAGUCUGGGACUCACCGACUUGUUACCAAACACCUAUUGUUCGUCGCACUUGGCUCCGAGAAGUACGGCCAAGUACAGCGUGUUGACAUUUCUACCUCGAUUCUUGUAUGAGCAGAUUAGAAGAGCUGCUAAUGCCUUCUUCCUCUUCAUUGCCUUAUUACAGCAAAUUCCAGAUGUAUCUCCAACGGGAAGAUACACCACCCUGGUGCCACUGAUCAUUAUUUUAACAAUUGCAGGCAUCAAAGAGAUUGUAGAAGAUUUUAAGCGCCAUAAGGCAGACAAUGCAGUUAACAGAAAGAAAACAAUAGUGUUAAGAAAUGGUAUGUGGCAUACCAUUGUGUGGAAAGAGGUGGCAGUGGGAGACAUUGUGAAGGUCGUCAACGGGCAGUAUCUUCCAGCAGACAUGGUCCUGCUCUCCUCCAGUGAACCUCAGGCAAUGUGUUAUGUCGAAACAGCUAAUCUAGAUGGGGAGACAAACCUGAAAAUCCGACAGGGUCUGAGUCUCACCGCUGACAUGCAAACGAGGGAGGUAUUGAUGAAGUUGUCUGGAAUUAUAGAAUGUGAAGGGCCCAAUCGUCACCUCUAUGACUUCACUGGAAACUUGCACUUAGAUGGGAAAAGCCCUGUUGCCCUUGGGCCUGACCAGAUCUUACUAAGAGGUACACAGCUUAGAAAUACUCAGUGGGUCUUUGGCAUAGUUGUUUAUACUGGACACGACACCAAACUCAUGCAGAAUUCAACCAAAGCACCUCUCAAGAGGUCAAAUGUUGAGAAAGUGACCAAUGUGCAGAUCCUGGUGUUGUUUGGCAUCCUCUUGGUCAUGGCCCUGGUGAGCUCGGUGGGGGCCCUGUACUGGAAUGGGUCUCAAGGUGGAAAGAACUGGUACAUCAAGAAGAUGGACGCGACCUCGGAUAAUUUUGGAUAUAACCUGCUGACUUUCAUCAUCUUAUACAACAAUCUCAUCCCCAUCAGUCUGUUGGUGACUCUUGAGGUUGUGAAAUACACUCAAGCCCUUUUUAUAAACUGGGACACAGAUAUGUAUUACAUAGAAAAUGACACUCCUGCUAUGGCCAGGACAUCAAACCUUAAUGAAGAGCUUGGGCAGGUAAAAUAUCUAUUUUCGGACAAGACUGGAACUCUUACGUGCAAUAUCAUGAACUUCAAGAAGUGCAGCAUUGCUGGAGUAGCCUACGGUCAUUUCCCAGAACUGACAAGGGAGCCGUCCUCAGAUGAUUUCUGUCGGAUGCCCCCUCCCCCAAGUGACUCGUGUGACUUUGAUGAUCCCAGGCUGUUGAAGAACAUUGAGGAUCACCAUCCCACAGCGCCCUGCAUACAGGAGUUCCUCACCCUCCUGGCUGUAUGCCACACCGUCGUUCCCGAGAGGGACGGAGACAGCAUCAUCUACCAGGCCUCGUCCCCAGAUGAAGCUGCUUUGGUGAAAGGAGCUAAAAAGCUGGGCUUCGUCUUCACAGCCAGAACGCCCUACUCGGUCAUCAUAGAAGCUAUGGGACAGGAACAGACAUUUGGAAUCCUUAAUGUCCUGGAAUUUUCGAGUGACAGGAAAAGAAUGUCUGUAAUUGUUCGAACUCCUUCAGGGCAACUUCGACUCUACUGUAAAGGGGCUGAUAAUGUCAUUUUCGAGAGACUUUCAAAAGACUCAAAAUACAUGGAGGAAACACUAUGCCAUCUGGAGUAUUUUGCCACAGAAGGUCUGCGGACUCUCUGUGUGGCUUAUGCUGAUCUCUCUGAGAAUGAUUAUGAGGAGUGGCUGAAAGUCUAUCAGGAAGCCAGCACCAUAUUGAAAGACAGAGCUCAGCGGUUGGAAGAGUGUUAUGAGAUCAUUGAGAAGAAUCUACUGUUACUUGGGGCCACAGCCAUAGAAGAUCGCCUUCAGGCAGGGGUUCCAGAAACCAUAGCAACUCUGUUGAAGGCAGAAAUUAAAAUAUGGGUGUUGACAGGAGACAAACAAGAAACUGCAAUUAAUAUAGGGUAUUCCUGCCGAUUGGUGUCACAGAACAUGGCCCUUAUCCUUUUGAAGGAGGACUCUUUGGAUGCAACAAGGGCAGCCAUUACCCAGCACUGCACAGACCUUGGAAAUUUGUUGGGCAAAGAAAAUGACGUGGCCCUCAUCAUUGAUGGCCACACCCUGAAGUACGCGCUCUCCUUCGAAGUCCGGAGAAGCUUUCUAGAUCUGGCCCUCUCCUGUAAAGCCGUCAUAUGUUGCAGGGUGUCUCCUCUGCAGAAGUCUGAGGUAGUGGACGUGGUGAAGAAGCGAGUGAAGGCCAUCACCCUCGCCAUCGGGGACGGCGCCAACGACGUCGGCAUGAUCCAGACAGCCCAUGUGGGUGUGGGCAUCAGCGGGAAUGAGGGCAUGCAGGCCACCAAUAACUCAGAUUAUGCCAUUGCACAGUUUUCCUACUUAGAAAAGCUUCUGUUGGUUCAUGGGGCCUGGAGCUACAACCGAGUGACCAAGUGCAUACUGUACUGCUUCUACAAGAACGUGGUCCUGUACAUUAUUGAGCUUUGGUUCGCCUUUGUUAAUGGAUUUUCUGGACAGAUUUUAUUUGAACGUUGGUGCAUCGGCUUGUACAAUGUGAUUUUCACUGCAUUGCCGCCCUUCACUCUGGGAAUCUUCGAGAGGUCUUGCACGCAGGAGAGCAUGCUCAGGUUUCCACAGCUCUACAAAAUCACCCAGAAUGCCGAAGGCUUCAACACAAAGGUCUUCUGGGGUCACUGCAUCAAUGCCUUGGUCCACUCCCUCAUCCUCUUCUGGUUUCCCAUGAAAGCGCUGGAGCACGAUACUCCGUUGGCCAGCGGUCAUGCCACAGACUAUUUAUUUGUUGGAAAUAUUGUUUACACGUAUGUUGUCGUUACUGUUUGUCUGAAAGCUGGUUUGGAGACUACAGCUUGGACUAAAUUCAGUCAUCUGGCUGUCUGGGGAAGCAUGGUGAUCUGGUUGGUAUUCUUCAGCAUCUACUCAACUAUCUGGCCCACCAUCCCCAUCGCUCCAGAUAUGAAAGGACAGGCAACUAUGGUCCUGAGCUCUGCACAUUUCUGGUUGGGAUUAUUUCUGGUUCCUACUGCAUGUUUGAUUGAAGACGUGGCAUGGAGAGCGGCCAAGCACACCUGCAAAAAGACGUUGCUGGAGGAGGUGCAGGAGCUGGAGACCAAGUCCAGAGUGAUGGGAAAAGCAAUGCUGCGGGAUAGUAAUGGAAAGAGGAUGAACGAACGCGACCGCCUCAUCAAGCGGCUGGGCAGGAAGACGCCCCCGACGCUGUUCCGCGGCAGCUCGGUCCAGCAGAGCGUCCCGCAUGGGUACGCCUUUUCUCAAGAAGAGCACGGAGCUGUGACUCAGGAAGAAAUAGUUCGUGCUUAUGACACCACCAAAAAGAAAUCGAGGAAGAAAUAAGACGCGAGUUUUCCCGAUUGAUCCUGGGAAAGUGAUAUGGUUAGUUGCACCCAGUGUUAACACAUCUUGGUCAGAAGAGACUGGCAUCAGCAGCCAAGACACUGAAAAACACAUUUCUGUGGCCUUAGCCAAGCAGUUUGUUAGUUAUACAUUCCCUGGCAACC